AUGGGAACCGAUGACUCGCGAUUUUGGUCCUCAAGGGUGCCCGACUGUUCCCACCCGCUUCAAAAAGAAUACUCUUUAUUCGCUCCUUUUCCCGCCGUCCGACUGGUCUCCUCGGGGAAUUCAACCCUCCGGUGUGAGUUUCCGAGGUGCAGCUGGGCCAAACCAACUUCGACGUGGCAUAUCCGGGCAGAUGUACAUCAAAUAUCGGGUGUCCGGAGAAAUCGGUUCUGGAUCAUGCAUACCUUCGAGUCCACGGCAGUCUUCGUCACGGCAACACGGCCGCCACAAAUCCACCCGUCGAUUGCGAUAAAGACGCUUUCGUCCUCCCCACUAGCAGCCAGCAGGCACGCACCCGGUAACAUCAGCGAUGACGACAAUGUACGAUACCAUCUCGAUCAUGGCAAUGAAGAACACACCAUCCUUACAAGUGAUGCCUCGAGGUCUCGUUCUUCAACCGAAGACGACAGUGAACUCCUGCACUCACCUGAAGGAAAUGAGGACCAUACCAACGUCUCGGGUCUGGACGGCAUGGCUGCCCUUCGUACGGAUACAAGCAGCAUAUCACACGCUGUUCUCGAUGCUCGCUGGCCCGACCAAAUACCGAUCACCCGCUCGUCUCAAUCCACCGAUUUCCCGAACAUCGGCAUUUUUGUGGAGGGAUCCUCCAGACCAGAAAGUGUAUAUUCAAAAAUUAGUCGGGAGAAUUGA